GGCAGAGCCCCCACGCCCAGGGCCCCUGGGAGGUCCCACUGCCUGGCGUGGUCACGAGGCCCGUCCAGCAUGAGUUCUAGAGGGGACAGACAUUCAGACCGGAGUGCCCCAGUAGUCCUGAGUCACGUCCUCCCUUCCUGUGGAGUGAGGCGGAGCCCAGUGGAUUCUCCUCCAGGGAACCCACUUCCUCUGGUGGCUUCCGGAGGGAAGUUGCUGGUUGCCGUGGCUGGGUGUGUGGCAUCAGAGAGGAACCAGACGUGAGCAAUAGCAGCUUCUCUAACGUGCAGAGGAAAGCAGAUCGCACUUGCGAGCGAGGCUCUUUGUACUGUUUCCAGAAGCUGCUCUGGCGCCAGGUUCCCGGGCGACUGGGAAGUUGGGAAAGAGGAAGAAACACGGAAAGGCUUCGGGAAAGCAGAGCGGUUUCAUGCUACGUGAGCUGCCGCGUAGCUGCUCGUUUGCCUUCACUUUGGGGGCCAGAGCCCCAGAGAUGAGCCACUUUGGGGGUCUCUGAGCACCGUGUGGCCGCUCCCAGGACAGAGGGCGCGUCCCCCUCAGGGCUGUCCUUGCUGCCCCUGCGUCUCACACUCUGAGAACGGCACAGGAGCUCCGGGGCUCGGUUUUUAUAUUUCUAACGCAAUUAAAUAUGCUUAUUUUCAGAACAAGUUAGACCUUUUGGGACCAGGUUGACCUUUUGCUCCGUUCUCUUGUCACGUAUAAAAUGCUGCUCUUCACGAUGGGAGAAGUGAAGGUGCCCGGGUUCUGCUGGAGUACGGAGCGAAAAUGGCACUGAGAAACUCCAGUCUCCCAGCGUCUGUUGGAUUUUUACCAAGAAAAAGUGUGUAGAGUAAAAUUCCUUACACUGCCGGGGGGAUCAGACACGAUGAUUCAGUAGAAGAGCACAGACCCUGGCGGCGAGGGAGCCCGGACGCUGAAGGAUGAACGGGGAGGAGGAAUUCUUCGACGCCGUCACAGGCUUCGAUUCCGAUAACUCUUCGGGGGAAUUUUCCGAGGCAAAUCAGAAAGUCACUGGGAUGAUUGACGUGGACACCAGCAAAAGUGACAGGGUCGGGAAAAUUGGGGAGAGGCCCCCUCAAGAGAAUGGAGUGCAAAACCACAGGACGUCCCUGCCCGCACCCAUGUUCACCAGGAGCGACUUCAGCGUGUGGACCAUCCUGAAGAAGUGUGUCGGCCUGGAGCUGUCCAAGAUCACGAUGCCGAUCGCCUUCAACGAGCCGCUGAGCUUCCUGCAGCGGAUCACGGAGUACAUGGAGCAUGUGUACCUCCUGCACAAGGCCUGCCGCCAGCCCCAGCCCCUCGAGAGGAUGCAGUCCGUAGCUGCCUUUGCUGUCUCGGCCGUGGCCUCCCAGUGGGAGCGGACGGGCAAACCCUUCAACCCACUCCUGGGAGAGACGUACGAGCUGAUCAGGGAAGACUUGGGAUUCAGAUUCAUAUCCGAGCAGGUCAGCCACCAUCCCCCAAUCAGCGCAUUUUACUCCGAGGGCCUCAGCCAGGACUUCCUGUUCCACGGCUCCAUCUACCCGAAGCUGAGGUUCUGGGGCAAGAGCGUCGAGGCGGAGCCGCGGGGGACCAUCACGCUGGAGCUGCUCGCACACAAUGAAGCCUAUACCUGGACCAACCCCACCUGCUGUGUGCACAACGUCAUCAUCGGGAAGCUGUGGAUCGAGCAGUACGGCACGGUGGAGAUUGUGAACCACAGAACUGGACAUAAGUGUGUGCUGAACUUCAAACCGUGCGGAUUGUUUGGAAAAGAACUUCACAAAGUGGAAGGGUACAUUCAGGACAAAAACAAACAGAAGCUGUUCAUGAUCUACGGCAAGUGGACGGAGUGCCUGUGGGGCACAGACCCCGUUUCCUACGAAGCCUUUAAGAAGCAGGAGAGGAGAGGCGGCCACCCGCGGAAGGCCAAGCUGGACGACGGCGCCGAGAGAGCUGACGGUGACGUGGCCGACGACGUGCCUGAGGUGCAGGAGACCGUGCAGGUCGUCCCGGGCAGCAAGCUGCUCUGGAGGAUCAACACCCGGCCCCCCAACUCCGCCCAGAUGUAUAAUUUCACCAGUUUCACCGUGAGCCUCAACGAGCUGGCGAUGGGCAUGGAGAAGACCCUGCCCCCCACGGACUGCCGCCUGCGCCCCGACAUCCGUGGCAUGGAGAACGGCAACAUGGACCUGGCCAGCCAGGAGAAGGAGCGGCUGGAGGAGAAGCAGAGAGAAGCCCGGCGGGAGCGUGCCAAGGAGGAGGCGGAGUGGCAGACCAGGUGGUUCUACCCGGGCACCAACCCCUACACGGGGACUCCCGACUGGCUGUACGCGGGCGAUUACUUUGAGCGGAACUUCUCUGACUGCCCAGAUAUCUACUGAGCACCUCGGGGCCCCUCCAGUGGCCACGCUGACCUUCGCCGCGGCAGAAAGGGACUUUCUAACGACCGUGUUCGUGGAGAUUGCGUCAUCCCCGGUCAAAGGUUCAAGUCUAAUUAACUGUUGAUUGCCAAACACUCUGCUACUGUGCAGCCUCUCCAUACAGCUUCACUUGGGAUCAUCGUUUUCAUUAAGGUUUAAACAGGAAAUUCCUCUCCGCUCCCUCUGAUGUGACGAGAACCCGCAGGGGCUGCUGGGCUCGCGGCUCCACUGCCGGCUGCGUGAGGGAGGCGGGAAGCCGCGGGGUCUCUGUACCUCGCGGGGCAGAGGGCUUUGCAAAGUGUUUUAAACUCGGACCAUUGUGGGGAAAGACGGACUUGGAAAUAACCCUGCGGAGGGCGUGUGAAGGCCGGGAACCGCUUUCUAAAUUAUGCUAAUACAGAAGGGAAGAUUUUCAGAGCAUCAGAUUGAGUGAAAUGAACAGGUGUCAGAUUCUGUAUUUUUUACCAAUCUUCAAUAAUGUAAAGAUUACUUUUGAAAUAUUUAAGUUAAAAUUACUUGAAUAGUAUUUUGCUGAAGAGCAAGAUAUGCAUUAAUCACCAGUUGUAUACUGUCCAGAGUGAAGCAUCACCGUGACAACCCGGAGUGGGCAGCAGCAGUGAGAGUCGGACCCCCCCGACGCUCCCACCCUGAGGGAGGCCCAGGCCCUGGCUGUGGGCACCCUGUUGCCGCCAAGCCUCACUGUCACCGCGCACCACGCCCACAUCUCAGAGGGGGGCCAUUCUUACAACACUCCGCCUGUAUCCAUAGCACUCCCAGUUCCGUUUCCCGGCAUGCAUGUGUGAAAUCCAGUGAAUCCCGUCUGGUCGUGCCUGCGGGAGGGCCAGAGGCAGAGUCUCCUUACGGUGGCGUGAUUAAAGUUAUUGAACCAAAAGUAGGUGUGUGUCCAUCUCAGCACUCGUCUGCAUCAGGGGACUAAUGUUAUUUAUGUAGAAAUGUCAGCAUGGUAGAUCAUGGUAGAGCUCUUUGAAUCAAAGACAGUCUGCCGUGUGUGUGUGUCCCGCACAUGCGUGCACACACACGGCUGUAUGGAGUGUGGGUUACUAAGUCAGGCACUUCUCAAUGAGAGGUCAUCGUUGUGUGUCUACGCUUCAAAAUCACAUUUUUAAUUAAAACACUUCUAAAAAGCAAA